UUUCUCAGAGGACGCGAAACCGCCCCAAUCCACCACCUCCUGCGCAUCGCAUCAACCACCACGUCGUCGCCUGCCCUGCUGCGACUUCACCUCCCACGCCCGCCCACUGUUGCCAUUGCGCACGUCCGCACCCAUCUCCUCGCGCGUCGCCGUACCGCGCCUCUGCCUGCAUGAAUCAGACCGGCACCAAGACUUGCCCCAUCAGCCUCGCGCAUCCUGUCGCACGCGUCGUCUUCCGUCCUUGAGCCUUGCUUUCUAGUCAUCGCAUCGUCCAACCUACGGCAACUCCGAUCAGCAGCACCACAUCAUGGACGAUCAGAACACAGCUUUUGGCUCUCCAGCCAAUGGCGUAUCGCCCAGCGGCAACCCUGCGCCUGCCCAACCGCCUGCCCACGCCGAUGCCAAUGCUGCACCGGACGCCUCUGAAGAUGUGCAGAUGGGUGAUGGUCCCUCGGCGGAGCCGACAAUCAAGCAAGACAGCGCCACGCCCGCACCUGCUUCCACAUCAGACAACCCCCUCGAUGCUCCGAGUGCGCCGCCUGCCGACGCUUCAACAGCAAAGGAUGAUGUCGAGAUGGGCGACGAGAACAAGGACGGCCAGGCCGACAAGGAUGGCAAUGAGGCUGCUGCCACGGCCGAAGGCACGGCCGCCCAGACCAAGACAAAGGAGAGCAUAGAAAGCGCGGCGCGGGAACAUCUCAUUUCCCAGACGCAUGCCAUCGUCUUGCCCAGCUACAGCACCUGGUUCGACAUGAACACCAUCCACAACAUUGAGCGCAAGGCUCUGCCAGAGUUCUUCAACAGCCGGAACCGGAGCAAGACCCCAAACGUCUACAAGGACUACCGCGACUUCAUGAUCAACACAUACCGUCUCAACCCCGCCGAGUAUCUUACCGUCACUGCCUGCCGGCGAAAUCUGGCGGGUGACGUCUGUGCCAUCAUGCGUGUUCACGCCUUCCUGGAGCAGUGGGGCUUGAUCAAUUAUCAGGUGGACGCCGAUCAACGUCCCUCGCAAGUUGGGCCUCCUUUCACCGGCCACUUCCAAGUCAUCUGCGAUACCCCACGCGGUCUUCAGCCAUGGCAGCCUGCAGCGGAUCCCGUUGUCACCGAUGGCAAGAAGAUCACGGACACCGACCAGAAAGCGGCUGCGGCCGCCACUGCGGCUGGCGAGCGGAAUCUUGAGAUCGGCCGCAACAUCUACGAGGCGAGUGCUAAGGGCACCAAGAUCACAAAAUCCGAAAGCAAGGCCAACGGCGAGCCCGUCACUACCAACGGAACGGCGGCUGGGUCACCAGCAGCUGCAACCGGCGAUAAGAGCAACGAUGAUGCAGUCAAGGCCCCCAUCAUGAAGGUCAACUGCCAGAACUGCGGCAACGACUGCACGCGCGUCUACUACCACAUGCCGGAGACCAACUCGCCAACCAAGACCAAGCACGACCUCUGCACUCAGUGUUAUAUGGAUGGCCGCUUCCCCAACAACCACACCAACACCAUGUACGUGAAGACGGAGAACCCCACAUAUUCCGCCGUUCUCGACCGGGACGCCCCGUGGUCCGAUGCCGAGAUCUUGCGACUCCUUGAGGGACUGGAACGCUACGACGAGGACUGGGCCGAGAUUGCGGAGCACGUGGGCACCCGGACUCGCGAGGAGUGUGUAUUGCAGUUCCUGCAGCUCGACAUUGAGGACAAGUACUUGGAGACGGAGGCGCCGAUACACGCCCCAACUGGCCUCUCGCUCCUCGGGUCUCACGGGGGCCACCUGCCCUUCACCCAGGCCGAGAACCCGGUCAUGUCUGUCAUUGGCUUCCUCGCCAGUCUGGCCGAUCCCAAGGCCACGGCAGCUGCUGCCAAGAAAUCGGUAGAAGAGCUGCAGCAGGGAUUGCGCAACAAGAUAGAAGGUGGGGAUGCGGCCAAGGUGAACGGCACGUCAGCAGGCAAGGACAAGGAGAAGGCCGAGGACAGCAUGGAGGUCGACGUGCGGCAAGAAACCACCACCACAACGACCACCACCACAACCACAACCACAAAUACUCUCGCGAGCAUCCCGCUGGCUUCGAUGGGCGCGCGCGCCGGAGGUCUCGCCUCGCACGAGGAACGCGAGAUGACGCGACUUCUGUCUGCCGCCGUCAACGUCACCCUGCAGAAGAUGGAGCUCAAGCUCAAGUACUUUGACGAGAUGGAGAACAUUCUGCAGGCGGAGCGGAGGGAGCUCGAGCGCGGGCGGCAGCAGCUGUUCCUGGACCGCCUGGCCUUCAAGAAGCGGGUGCGCGAGACACAGGAGGGUCUCAAGACGAUGGCCGGCGGUGCCGUUGGUGCGGACGUCCAGCUGCCGGGCCAGGAGAGCCUCGCGUUCACCACGACGCCGGGCAUCGGCGCCGUGCAGCCGCUGAGCAGUGAGGGUGCCAUCAAGAGCUUUGAGGCUUAGAUUUGGGGGAUGAAAGAAUGCAUUUUUAUGAUCGGGAGUAGCAACGGUGGUGGUGCGCCGGACCAUGUUCAGCCAUUCGUCCAUCAAGGCCGUAAAGACAGAGAAGGUGAAGGAAGAGAGAAUGAAAUGGUGUGGGGAGAAUUUGGAGUAAAGAUGCACUUUGAUUCUUGCGCUCAAAUGGAAGCGCAAUCGGGGGGUUCCUGGCUGGAUAUGUUUUGUUUUUUUCUUCCUCUUACUGUGUCUCUUUUCACUCACGUUUUUUCCGCUAAAGAC